UGCUCCAGAAGGUGUGUCUUUUCAGAGGAUCUGGGUCAAAGCUGUGGAGAAAAGUUGUCAGGAGUCUGGUCCUCUCUGAAGCCUUCGGCGAACUAUAAAGGACAAAAGCUGACUGAGAAAAAUGUUGCUUAACAUGGAAACUGCGGCAUUUCCCUUUUGGCUCCUGUUUCUGCUCUUCGGGCGGGCUGCUCCGGCUGCUCCGGCAUGUUCACCCUCCAAAUUCACCCUUUAUGUGGAGAAGCCAGAGUGUGACAUCUGUUUGGAAAUCAAAACUACGAUCUGUUCGGGAAAUUGCACUUCCUGGGAGAAAAACUUCAUCUGGGACUACGGAAUCUCGAACUAUUGGAGGCAGGAUGUCAACAGACAGAGCAGUUGUACUUAUGAUCGAAUUGAAUACCGCACGGUCCCUCUGCCUGGCUGCCCUGUCGACUUCACCUUCCCCGUGGCUCUCAGCUGCCGCUGCGACAGCUGCGACAGAAGCACCACUGAGUGCACAGAACGAGCGGGCAAGGCUACAGCUGAGUGUACCAAACCUGUUGUCAAGGUCCACGCUUACCCUGGCCAGAAGAGUUACUUGAUGUUUUCCUAAUUGGCGUCCUCUGUUUGCUCGUGGCGUACGCGAUGUGCUUUUACAAAAACCACAGUUUUCCCUUUGACUUUGAUUGACACCAGCGGGAGACUCAUCACCUGGACUCUCGCCAGUCACACCUGCUUGCUCUUUACUGUUUUCUGUGUCACGCUGUGUUCUGCUUCUCACAUUCUCCAGGGAUUAGCUCCCUUGCACA